CCUCCCUCCCCGGCGAUGGGCUCCGUGACUUCCGCCCUGACGAGGACACGCCACGCGCUGGUCAAAGUGGGCUCGGAGCCGGAGAGUCACGACCCGGAGAGGAGCCACUCGGCGCCUGAGUCUGCCAGGAAAAGGAGUCACAAGUCGCACAGCCAAGUCGCUCGGAACACUUCCCGGCAGUUGCUCGCGGAGGUCCUGAGCCGGCAGGACUCGGACGGAGCCAAGAAGUCAGCCGAGGUCCACCCGAACAAAUCGAGCGUGGCAAACGAAGAUGGAGAAAGCUCGAGUCGACCGCAGGCCAGUUUUGCACGCUCCAAGUCUCAAAGUGCUUUAUGGAACGCCAUCACAGCAGGAAUGGGCAUCAAAGAGCAAAAGCCCCCCAAGAAUGACCCCCGGACUCCUGAGGAGAUUCUGGCAGAUGAGCUCCCCCUGACGGACGAGGCGGACGCCACUGAGAAGACUGCAAUCAGGCGCAAGUACAAGAAGACGUCCCAGAGAUUAAGAUGUCUGGUCAAACAGCUGGAGAGAGGGGAGGCUUCCCUCACCGACCUCAAGAAGAACCUCGAGUAUGCGGCGUCCGUGCUGGAGUCGGUCUACAUCGAGGAGACGAGGCGUUUGGUGGACACGGAGGAUGAGCUCAGCGACAUCCAGUCCGAGUCGGUACCGUCGGAGGUGCGUGACUGGCUGGCCUCCACCUUCACGCGACAGAUGGGCUUGAUGCUGCGACGUAAUGAGGAGAAACCUCGUUUCCGAAGCAUCGUCCAUGCCGUCCAGGCGGGAAUAUUUGUGGAGAGAAUGUACCGACGCACCUCCAAUUUGGUGGGACUCAGCUACCCGCCUUCCGUUAUAUCUGUGCUGAAGAAUGUUGACAAAUGGUCAUUUGACGUGUUCGCUCUGAACGAAGCCAGUGGCGAUCACGCACUUAAAUUCAUUUUCUACGAGUUGCUCACCAGAUACGACCUCAUCAGCCGUUUCAAGAUCCCAAUUUCUGCAGUUGUGUCAUUUGUUGAGGCCUUGGAAGUCGGAUACAACAAGCAUAAAAACCCCUACCACAACUUGAUACAUGCUGCCGACGUUACACAGACUGUUCAUUACUUAUUACUCAAGACCGGCAUGGUGCAUUGGUUAACUGAGUUGGAGAUCUUUGCCAUGAUCUUCGCAGCGGCCGUGCACGACUACGAGCACACGGGGACUACAAACAACUUCCACAUUCAGACGAGGUCCGACACGGCAAUUCUGUACAACGACCGCUCAGUGUUGGAGAGCCACCACGUGAGCGCGGCCUACCGCCUGCUGCAGGAAGACGAUGAGAUGAACAUCCUGUACAACCUCUCCAAGGAUGACUGGAGAGAGCUGCGCGCUCUGGUCGUGGAGAUGGUCCUGGCUACCGACAUGUCAUGUCACUUCCAGCAGGUGAAGGCUAUGAAGAACUUCCUGCAACAGCCCGAGGGCAUCGAUAAGCCGAAAGCCCUGUCCUUACUGCUGCACACUGCCGACAUCAGCCACCCAGCCAAAAGUUGGGACCUGCACCACCGUUGGACCACCUCUCUGCUGGAGGAGUUCUUCAGACAGGGGGACAAAGAAGCCGAGCUCGGCCUUUCCUUCUCGCCGCUCUGCGACCGAAAGUCAACAAUGGUGGCACAGUCCCAGAUCGGUUUCAUCGACUUCAUCGUGGUGCCCACCUUCACCGUCCUGAGCGACAUGAUGGAGCGCAUCGUCACGCCGCUCAUCGACGAGGCCUCGCACUCGGGCCUUGCGGGCUUCCGGCGCUCCAGUCUGAACAGUAUUAGCUCGGAGGAGGCCAAGAGACACUGCGUGAAGAGCAUGGCCUCCGACAGCUGCUCGUCAGGCCACAGCCCCCUGCUGGCCGUGGACAUGAAAAAUUUCAAGGCGCUAUGGAACGAGGAGGUCCACCAGAACAGGGAGCGCUGGAAAGCGCAUGCCACCAAAGAGGCGGAGGAGCGAGCCAAAAGGGAGGCGGAGGAGCGAGCCCAGCAGGAAGACGCCAUGGAGCCUCAGGAAGACGACGCCGACUCGACCGAGCCCAAAGACAGCCAACAGGAAGCGGAAGACCAGGAGGCAGAGUCAAAGCCUUACGCUGAUGAUGCGGCCCCGCCGCCGCCUGGGAGCGUCGCACAUAUGAGUCCCUCGCUGCAGAACGGAGAGUUGCUCGAAGGCGCAGACUCUCCGGGAAGUGGAGAGACCAAAAACAUGGCGAUCGAUGACACAGCCGAGGUGUCUAUGGAAUGAGGGGGGGGCGGGGCUUGGAACGCCAGAGAGGGAGGAAUCCAAUCAGUCGGACUUUGUCGCCCCCUGCUGGAAUCUAACAAACUGACUGACAUCUUUACUUUAAGCGUUUUCCUUUUGACUUUUUCUUUCGACUGUACAUAUUCCACCACGCUCCUGGUUUUGUCCCCUCUUAAGUUGGAUAGCAAAACAGCUUUUCAUUUCUAGUUCUCUAUUGUUUCAGGCUCUGUGAAAUGUAUAUUCAAUCUGCAAUGGGGGAGAAAUGUUUUCAUUGAAAUGGCUCUUAUUGCUAAUACAACCCAUCAUGUAAAACGUUUUUUGUUUUUGUUUUUAAAACAAUGUGGCUCACGUUUUUUAGCGUUUUUUCUUCUUCUCGAUGCCUUCUCGUGUUUUGAGCCGUUGCAAAGCGUCUCCUUUAGCUGUCCUGCCCCCCACCCCCACCCCGAUCUGUGACUAUAGGAUGCAAAUAUUGCUGAUUGUGCAUAUGUAAAAUAACGAAACCUGCGCUUUAGCUCUUACUGUACAUGUAUACUUGCAGUUAAGCACCAGACAAAUGGUAGUAUUUGCAUUCCCUCAUUAAAAUACAAUAGUGCACUUGUGCAAUAUUAUUUGGGUAAUAGUGCCAAGAUGUUGGCAUGUAAUGUGCUUCUUAAAAAAAUAGAUACAAAAAGGGAGAAAUCUAGAAUAAAAAAAGAAACAUCUAGUAAUGAGCAAGAACUUUAUGGAUUAUAUUCUUUUUUUAAAACCUUUUUAACCUCUUCUGUUCGACAUGUAUUUAUUUUUUUUAAUAAUAGGGCAACGUCACGUGCUGUGAAAAGUUACUUUUCUCUCAAUCUGCCUGUGUGCCUCUUACUGUACAUGUUACUGCACCUGUAGGAACCAGAUGUCAUUGUUCCUGCAACCUGUUAAUGUUUUGUGUGUGCUUUUUGUGCUGGAACAGUUCUCGUCCUCUUUGCCUUCAUUUCCAUUGGCCAGUGGUUUGGACUUUUAUUUUCAUUUAUUUAGUGGCUCGUCUAUUUUUAUUUGCAAAAUGUAUUGUUUUCCUCUUUCCUAUUUUAUGAAAACUUUUUUUCCACAUUAAAAAAAAAGUAUUAUUUUUUUCAUAUUUAAAAAGUCAUUUCACUUUGUUACAUUUAUUGUAAGUGUUUUCUGGGGGGAGGGGGGUUCACAUUUUCCAAAUUGUUUAUUCAACAAUAAUAAUGUCGUGGUUUGCUUUGUGAAUUGAUGUAUUUGUUCUUUUUCCUUUUUUGUUCAAUAUAUUUAUGAAUGUAAAGGCUCCAGACUGCUCUGAAACUUUGACAUGGUGCCCCUAAAAUUUGAAGUUCAUUUUUCAUCUACUCACAAAUGUACAACCAGUGCAUUUGCGUGUUUUCAUUUAUUUUUUUUGGGAAUGACAAACUUUUGCUCCAUACUUUUGCCCCUUUAUCGGUAAUAUAGUGAAAAUGAAUGGAAAGGUGUAUAUUUACUUGGCAACAACAAUGUGUGUCCCUAAAUUUUCCACUUGCACCCAUAAAACGUCAAGUUUCGGCGCUAUUGUGUUCCAGGUUUAAAUAAUAAGAAUAAUAAUUAUUAUUAUAAUUUUUAAAAAACGGGUAGUCUGGAGCUCUGAUUACAAAUGAUUAGUAGUUUUAUAUAAUUGGUUGUUUUAUAAGUCUAUCCCCAUUUUUCUAUGAUUUUCCUUUUUUUAUCCCAUAUUCAGUUAAUUUAAUUUAUUCAAUAUUAGAAUGAAAGGUCACUAUUUUCCGUGUUUAAUUUUUUUUUUUGCUUUUUACAAUUAUUCAUUUCAUUCAUUUCUUAAAAUGUGUUCCUUUUUCUCCUCCCCCCAAUUUUUUUCUGAUGUUUAUGCUUUUUUUUAAUACCACAUUCAGUUAAUUUUUAAUUUUGUCCAGUCACUUUCCCAUUUUAUUAUUGUUUUGCCUUGUUGUAUCUGUUUAUUGAUAUAUGUUUCACUUUUUUUACACAAUCAUCCAAUUUCCCCCAUGUUUCACCUUUUUUUUCUCUUUUGUCACAUUUUCUUCCACAUUUUGUCCAAGAUAUAUUCCCCUAUAUUUUUUCAUUCUCUUAAAACACGUGGGGGAAUUUUUUUUGUCAUGUUCCCGUGACCUGUUUGGAAACUUUCUCGUGCUGUAACAAUGUCUUUUUUCAUUUCUUUUUUUUAUUUUAGUUUUUGUAGCUUUUGCGUGAGUGUGUUGUAUCAUUUCCUCCAUGUGUUUAGAACAAACGCUUGUGGCAUCGUCAGGUAGCCUGUUUGCUGCUUUUACAUGCUCUUGCUGUAUGGCAUAUUUAGCAGGCGUCGUCAGCGUCCUAGUCGGAUUUCUUCUCCACGUGGUGUUUUUGUAACAAUUUGUCCCCCACCUCCGCCCCUUAGACGACUGAUAUCAAACAUCUCGAGGUCAGAUGGAUGUAAAAAAAAAAGGGGGGCGCGAGGUUUAAAAAGAAAAAAGAAAACAAACACAACAAUGCCGGAAAAUACUUAAUGUGUAUUUCUGAUCUCCUCACUGUGACCUGCUCUGAUUGCAACUGCGUGUGAAUGAGUGUGUGCAUUGGGGCGUGCUUGCCUUUAGAGAGAUAUGGUGGACUGUUGAACUUUUCAGAUAUUUCUAACCUUUCUAAGGCCAAAUAGGGAUAUUUUGUGCCAUUCCUUUGGUUUUUUUUUUUAUUAUUUGCAAAUCAUAUUCAUUGUUAAAUACAGGUUGGAUAUUCAUUUGCAACAUCAUUGUCAAUGGCAACAUAACAUUAAACAUGCAACGGUGCCGAAGAGUGCCCCGGUUUAUAAGCUUUUCGAAACAAGCUGUCACUUAGACAAUUGUUUUUCUUUGACGUGCGAGCGUAAUCUUGAAAUGCGAGUACUGUAUGUUAUGGUGGCAGGGAACACUCCAAUUGAACUUAAAACAAAGAAAAAUCCACUUUGUGCAUUUUAAGUAGCCACUUUGCUCUCACAAGGUCUUAACAAUGCUAACAUCCUGUCAUGCGAAUUGCCAUUAACGGGCUCGCGUCGAUAUUUGCAGAUGGCUAAUCUAAUCAGACUCGAGGCACAUAUAUUUUUUUCUCUCUGAAAAAUGACGAUGGAUCUGAGGAGUUGUGAAACGAUUUUGUCUUUAUUUGUGUUUGUAUGAUUGUAUCCAAAGUCGUGGCAAACAAAUCACUUGGUAUCUUGGAGAUUCGUGCCACUCGUAUCUCGAGGCACCACUGUUUCAAUUUACAUUACAUGCGACAGAGAAAAAAAAUGUAAUGCAACGUCUAACUAUUUUUUGAAGUUGUAGUAUCCAGGGCUUCUCGAGGCGGAAACUAUUUAUGGCAGUGAUGUUGGAUUGUUUAUUGAUUUCAAAAUCACAAGAUGGAUGGCAAACAGUCCACCAAAUCCUCGAUGGAAUGACCGAGAGUGUGUGUGUGUGACAAUGUAUGCGUGCAGGUGUGCGUGUGUCACUGUUUCACCGCGGCCGCGUGUGUGUGCGCCACCAUGCUAUGUGACUGCACAGCUGUAUCAAUAAAGUGGACUCAAAGGGC